UGAAUAUGGCGUCUGGUUGCUUAGCGCUGGUCCGUCUAAUCUCUCUUUGAUAACGCUAGCCCAUAUCAUCUGUGCUAUCCGUCACGUUAUAAAUAGGUUAUUUAUUCAUCAACAUAAUGUCGGAUUCGGAGGAAGAAAGCCAAGACCGACAGCUAAAAAUUGUUGUUUUAGGAGAUGGAGCUUCAGGAAAGACAUCUCUGGCCACACGCUUUGCGCAGGAGGCCUUCGGAAAGCAGUACAAACAGACGAUAGGACUGGACUUCUUUCUGAAGAGGAUAACGCUGCCAGGGAACCUGAACGCUACACUCCAGGUCUGGGACAUUGGGGGACAGACUAUUGGAGGCAAGAUGCUGGACAAAUACAUUUAUGGAGCUCAGGGUAUUCUCCUCGUCUACGACAUCACAAACUACCAGAGCUUCGAGAACCUGGAGGACUGGUUCGGCAUGGUGAAGAAGGUGAACGAGGAGUCCGAGGUGCAGCCAGUAAUUUCUCUGGUGGGAAACAAAAUUGACCUGGAGCACAUGAGGACUGUGAAAGCUGACAAGCACCAGCGCUUCUGCCAAGAGAACGGGCUCAUCAGUCACUUUGUGUCAGCCAAGACGGGAGACUCUGUCUUCCUGUGUUUCCAGCGAUUGGCAGCUGAUAUACUGGGUGUGAAGCUCAACAAGGCAGAGAUUGAGCAGUCUCAGCGUGUGGUGAAGGCCGACAUUGUGAACUACAGCCAGGAGCCGGUGGCUCGGACAGUGAACCCCCCCCGCAGCUCCAUGUGUGCAGUGCAGUGACCCCCCCCACCAGCACAGCCAGAGGUUUCACAAACUGACGAAAACAGAGCAGGAGCAGCUGACGGCUCCCCCACACUGGACCUCAUCCUGCCCUGCGGGACCACACAGAGAAGAGACAACACUACUGAGCCCCGACCGGCCCUUCUGCUACGAGCGUACUGACGCUUAUACACAUACACACGCACAUACACACACACACACACAUAUAUAUGCACACACACACAGUACACCAAACUCAUGCUCAUACGCACAUACACACACGCACCUAUGUGCAUCAACACACACACAGUACAACACGCUCAUACACACAGUACAACACGCUCAUACACACAUACACAUGCGCGUAUGCACACUUGUGCUCAUAAACACAUAUAUGCAAGCAAACAAACACACACACACACACACACACACACACACUACAUACACAUUCUUUCUCAUACACACAGACAUAUAUGCUCACUCAUACACACACACACACACACACACACACACAUGCUCAUACACACAGACAUGCACACACACACCCACACACAAACACUCGUAUUCCCACGCAAACACAGGCACGUGCUCUCAAAUGCAGGCAUACACACAGACUUGUGCAGGCACUCAAACAGACAAAAACAUUCACUCAUGUUCACACACGUACACACAUCUGGGCUUGUGUAUUUGUUAGUAUUUUCUCUGUAGCACUCAUAGGAUACACAUCAGUGUUCUGUGUCAGUUGUGGUUCUGAGAGAACAUUUACUGUACAUUACCAUGAAAACCUUUCCUGUGUGGAUGAGUGUGUCUGAAUCUGAGUGUGUGUGUGUGUGUGUGUGUGUCUGUGUCUGUGUGAGUGUGUGUGUGUGUUUUUGGGUGUGCAUGUGCAUAUGUGUGUAUGUACGGAUAUAUCUAGAGAAAGGAGUGGGAACUACAAAUCCCUGGUGUAUAAUCCAGACUGUCCCACAUCUACAUUUUACCCUAGACAAUGCCUAAGGGAGACUUAACUUUUAACUGCAGCACAUUAAUGCUAUACACACACUGUACCUUCAUCUCCAAACGUGCUCUUUCCCGGGUUCAUAAAUAUGGCCCUUUCCCAUUUUUCUUUCCACAUUCACACAUGUCAAGUUGAACAUUUAUAGUGCAUUUAUUUUAUUUUUUUUGUUACAGUCAUGUGUCUGAAAACCGUAGAAGGACCGGAUUUGUUUGGCAGAAAUCUUUUCUGCAUCUCUGCUUUUAAUGGAUUUUGUCACGGGGACCAAUUAAUAGUAUUCAAAAAAUUAUAUUGUUUGUCUUUCAAAAAGGCGUCCGUUUUAUUUAUUUUAUUUUGUAUUUUUUUUGUUGAAGGAACAUGGGUGGGCCAGAGAGGAGGGGGUCCGUGAGGAGUUGGUGUUGAAGUUGGUGUUGAUGCCUGUGACAGAUUUGGGGAAAAUAAUGUGUGCAGGCCACAGCAGAAAAUAGUUUCUCCAAUGUCUUCUCAUGUAGUGACUCCCCAUGCACUUUCAAUCACAAGCAUCAGCUUUUGAGACGGUGGCAGUGUUCAGGGACACUUUGCUUUCUCUGACACUUGCAGGGGCUUGUACUCUGCAUGGAAUGUUUUCUGUUAAGAAUGUUUUGGAAAGCAUUUGUAUCUGAUUAAUUUUUUUUUAAUUUAAUUGAAUUUUAUUAGCAAAUAUUAAUAUUCUACUGUCGUACAAAUAUUUCUCUUGCCACUAGAAAUGACGUUUCUUAAUAAUUAGUUCAUAUUUUAGUGUAACAACAUAAUGGCAAUUGUUAUUUAUGUUGUUAUUACAACCGACUCUGUAGUGGACCGCUGGAGAUUCUAAGUAUUUGAGUACUCAGACAGGCACUAGAAAUGUAUUUGUUUAAGAAGAAAGAAAAGGAUGAAGCUAUCUAUCAGUUAAGCCAAAUACCAAUCUCAGCAUGAAAAGAGAUACGAGCUGUUCUCUAGAAAAGGUGGUUUACUGAAAUGUACAAAUAUUUUUACUUAAGUAUUAGAACUCAGACCAAAAGAAUGACUAGGAGCAGGUAGUCUUUGUGUUUAUGUUUAGCAAACAUAGACUAUUAGUCAGCAAAGUAGAGCAGUUGCAACACAUUAAGUGCUCACUUUAUAGACCUAUUUUAUUCUCAUCUGUUAAAUGAAAAUAAGGAUUUAUUUUGUGUUCUCAAAAAGGAUUAUACAAUGUAUCUGUACCCUUUAAACAAAGGUCUUGUAAAGCUUUGUUUAUUAAUCUGAUAUCAGUAAUCUAAACCAUAUUUCUGUCCAUAUAUUAUUUUUUUAUACUAUAUAUUGUGGACCAGCAAAAUAUAUUUACCGUUUGUGUGACAUUGUCGCUGUUCUUGCAAAUGAGUUAAAAGUUGUCUGUUCAUGCGGCCGGAUCAGAACAUGCUCGGCUACGUGGAUCUGCUGCUGUGUGUCGUCUGGAUGGGCUACCUUUUGACAUUUAAAACCUUUAGACAUAAUACAAUGCAAUAUUAUUUAUUGAAUGUCCUUUGUAGCGUUUGAAUUGCUUCAGGUGAUGAAGCUUAAUGUAUCUGUGACCUUCUCUGGACGGAUGACGAGGGGUCACGUAUUUCGUGAGAAAUCUCUGAUAUUUUGCCAUACAGCCAAAUGUUUCGCACCAAACAUUUCUAAAUUGUCCACGAAGAUUCCGUUUUAAACUAUCCUCUCCCCCAUAUGUGACAUUUUUCUUGGUGAAUUUGAUGUCUUGAGGCUGUGAGAUUGUGGGGAGAGAUAUCUUGCCCUCCUGAUCAUAUCUCACUGUAUUUUCCUCCAAAGAUUUGGUUGUCAAAUAUCAUUUGAAUGUGAUGUGCAGUCUACCUUUAAAAUGUGGCUGUUGUGCGAAUGUCAGUAAGGACACGACAAUUUAUUUUUCUUUCGUAUAGGAAGUGCAUAGACUUGAUUGGUUUAGUAUAUUAGUGGUAAAAUACAUUUCAUGAUUAGGAAUGUCUUAUAUUUAAGAAUACUAGUUGUGAUGAAUUUGUUAAAUGUUUUGAGAGAUCUGUCCAAAUUAUGGGCAUUCAAAUUCAGUUCCAUUGAAAAAUAUAAUUUUCCAUUCAAAAAUAUCAUUUUUGUUUUUGUUGUGCUCGUUUCUCGUUUUUUUUUAAUAACACUGAUUUGAUGGCCGCUCCUUUGCUUUGAUGAAUGAAACUGUAAAAAUUAAGAGGCGGUCAAACAUGCUUGGAGAUUAAAAGAAAAAUAUUGAGCACA